AUGACUAAACAGAAGUUUGGGCUAACAGCCAAAAAAGAAGAAGAUUUUUCCGAAUGGUAUGUACAGGUUAUAACAAAAGGAGAGAUGAUAGAUUACUACGAGAUUAAAGGAUGCUAUGUGAUGCGCCCCCAGGGACAGUUUGUCUGGAAGUGUAUCCAGAAAUGGUUUACCGAAAAGAUUGAAGAACUUGGUGUCCAAGAAUGCUAUUUUCCCAUGCUAGUUCCCAAGUCGACGCUUGAAAAAGAGAAGAACCAUGUGGAAAAUUUUUCCCCCGAAGUAGCAUGGAUUACUAAGUGUGGAAAUGAGGUCUUGGGAGAUCCAGUUGCCGUGCGUCCUACAUCCGAAACAAUAAUAUAUCCUUCUUUUUCUAAGUGGAUAAGAAGCCACAGAGAUCUUCCUCUAAAAAUAAACCAAUGGUGUAGUGUGCUGAGAUGGGAGCUACAUGGGACCCUCCCUUUUAUAAGAGGGAAGGAGUUUCUAUGGCAGGAAGGGCACACAGCUUUUCUGACGAAAGAGGAAUCGGAUGUGGAGGUUUUUGCAAUUCUGGAUCUUUACUCCAGAAUAUACUCGGAGCUCCUUGCAGUUCCCGUGAUAAAAGGAAGAAAGUCAGAAAGCGAGAAGUUUGGGGGAGCAGAUUACACCACGUCCAUUGAAGCCUUUAUCCCUGGAUCAGGCCGGGGAAUUCAAGCGGGAACCUCCCAUUCCUUGGGACAGAACUUCUCAAAAAUGUUUGAUAUUAAGGUCGACACAGAAGAAGGAUCCGAAAAUAGCAGCUUUGUCUACCAGAACUCCUGGGGGCUAACCACCCGAUCCAUUGGAAUUGCAAUUAUGAUACAUUCGGACAACCUUGGGUUGGUGCUUCCCCCAAGAGUAGCUAUGAUUCAGGUUGUUGUUAUUCCCUGUGGGAUAACAGCAUCCUCUUCGGAAGAGGACGUUGAAAGUUUACGCACAUACAUAAGCAAAAUACAUGCCCAGCUCAAAAACUUCGUUCGUGUGCAUGUGGACGAUCGGAAUAAUGUAACUGUUGGAUUCAAAUUCAAUCAUUGGGAAAUAAGAGGGGUUCCGUUAAGGUUAGAGGUUGGGUUCAAAGAUAUGGCUAACUCGGAAGCUUGCUUAGUUAGAAGGGACACCCGUGCCAAAAAGCAGGUAUCUGUGGAGGAUAUCGGGCAGACAGUAAUGGAGGAAAUAGAUACCAUGCACAACGAUAUGCUUAGUAGGGCUACCACAGAAAGAGAUAGGAGAAUUUCAUAUGUAAGAAGCUUCGAGGAGUUUAUGUCUUCUCUUGAAAACAAAAAAAUGAUAAUGGCACCGUGGUGUGGAGUUGAUAAAUGUGAAGCCAACAUUAAAUCUAAAACCACAAAGUUUGGGCCCAACGGAAAUGUAGUUUCGACUGGGGCAAAGACCUUAUGUAUUCCUUAUGAGGCAAAGUCCUGCAAUGGAAUGGAAUGUAUCAACUGCAACCAGAAGGCUAUCCAUUAUGCUUUAUUUGGAAGAUCCUACUAA